GCCUGGGCGCGGCGGCGGCCGAGAAGAUGGCGGACGGCGACAGCGGCAGCGAGCGCGGCGGCGGUGGCGGGCCCGGCGGCUUCCAGCCCGCGUCCCGCGGCGGCGGCGAGCAGGAGACGCAGGAGCUGGCCUCGAAGCGGCUGGACAUCCAGAACAAACGCUUCUACCUGGACGUGAAGCAGAACGCCAAGGGCCGCUUCCUCAAGAUCGCCGAGGUGGGCGCGGGCGGCUCCAAGAGCCGCCUCACGCUGUCCAUGGCGGUGGCCGCCGAGUUCCGCGACUACCUGGGCGACUUCAUCGAACACUACGCGCAGCUGGGCCCCAGCAGCCCCGAGCAGGUGGCAGCGGCAGCGGGCGCCGAGGACGGCGGUGGGCCGCGGCGCGCGCUCAAGAGCGAGUUUCUGGUGCGCGAGAAUCGCAAGUACUACCUGGACCUCAAGGAGAACCAGCGCGGCCGCUUUCUGCGCAUCCGUCAGACGGUCAACCGCGGCGGCGGCGGCCCGGGGCCCGGCGGCCUGCAGAGCGGCCAGACCAUCGCGUUGCCCGCGCAGGGCCUCAUCGAGUUCCGCGACGCGCUGGCCAAGCUCAUCGACGACUACGGCGGCGAGGACGACGAGCUGGCUGGGGGCCCGGGCGGCGGUGCCGGGGGCCCCGGGGGCGGCCUGUACGGGGAGCUCCCGGAAGGCACCUCCAUCACGGUGGAUUCUAAGCGUUUCUUCUUCGACGUGGGCUGCAACAAGUACGGAGUGUUUCUGCGCGUGAGCGAGGUGAAGCCGUCCUACCGCAACGCCAUUACCGUCCCAUUCAAGGCCUGGGGCAAGUUCGGGGGCGCCUUUUGCCGGUAUGCGGAUGAGAUGAAAGAGAUCCAGGAGCGGCAGAGGGACAAGCUUUAUGAGCGACGCGGCGGGGAUGAGUCAGAGGGAGAGGAGGUGGAUGAGGACUGAAACGCCUAGCUUCCCCUACGGGCCUCCCCACCCCACCGCUAGAGAGCCCCCCUUCCUGUUCAUCCCAGUGAGCUAGUGGAGGGGGAGCAAGGGAGGCCCCAGAAGAAGAAAACAAAAUUUAAAAUAAUAUAGUUAAUUAAGAGAAAUAACCAUAAGAGAGAACAGUCACGGACAAUUAGAGAAAAGCAGUAAAGUUCCAAGGAAUUGACAGCAACCUACAAAGAGAGGACAACAGCGCCUCCUCACUUGAGCAAAAGUCUCAGCUUCUGUUGCUUCCCAGCUGAGGUUCCUAAAUCCAUCGGGAUAAUCCUGGGUGGGGUAGAUCCUUGCACAUUGGCCAAGGAACACCUCUUGAGUUAUCCAGACGCACUGAUGACAGCUGAAUUUGUAUUAUACCUGGGUAACCUGGUCUUAAGAUAGUGUGUAUCCCUUCACCUCCAUUGAAAUCAGCGUUUUGGAUCUAGAUCUUCAUGGAAUUCUUGUGAAGAGAGAGGCAUUUGCAGUUACCCAGUUCUGAGGGUACAAGUUUUAUGAAAAGGAAUGCAACUUUAAGUAGUCAUAGACAGGGCAAAAUAAGAAUUCAAGAAACCACCAGGGAAUACAGAAACAAAUAGGAUCCAUUUUUUUUUAAAUGGUUUUGCAUGGAACCUGGAACAAGGCCCAUGUCUUGUCUUUGCAGAAUUAUUUUCCGGGAUGCAAAUGGAUUCAGAUGUCAGUCCUUGAACUAGAAUCCGUUAUUAUAUUUUGGAAGUUGGCAAAAUUUUUUCAAAGAUAAAAUCAGUUUUACAUUGGGGGUUGCUGAGGUAGGCACAAGAAGAAAUCAGGCAUAAAGCACAAGGAAAACUGUUUGAGUGGAUUGGUUGCUGCUCACUGAAGUUCUUCCCCGAUCUCCAAAUAUGGAGGUCGUGUCUCAGAUAUGAAUGAGAGCCAGAUCCCCGUGGCUCCACCGUGUGAGCCAGUGACUUGUGGCUAAUUCGGCAGUUUCAGCCACUGGUUGGCUGAAUUUUAAACCGUAAAACUUGAAGAUAUCUACAAAAGGAACAGUGGCUACAAGCCUGAGCUUUAAUGGAAUAUAAGUCCUCACAGAAAAGUUCGAAAUAACCAAAACUGAAGUCUUCAUCUACCUUCAGUUUAAUCUGUGGAUUUGUUUCAACGCUAAAGAUCCUCAGGUCCAGAAUUCCAGCAACAUUUAUUCUUUUAAAAUAAAUUUUUAAGAACUUGAUCCAUUGUAUCAGUACCUCACAAUCAGAGUUGGCAAACGAUGGAUGAGUGAGUCAAGCUGCGUGCCCUUUUGGAAGCUGAAAUCCAUCUGAAUGGAGCUGAAGUGAACGUGAAUAUGCUGACUAUAUCCUGGAAGCAUUUUUAUACCAUCUUGAAAUUUCAACAAACUGCCUUUUGCCAGUUAUCCAGCUGUCUUUCAAGAAUAAAAGUUGGGGUUUUCAAGGAUCGCCUCUUCUAUAUUUUAACUGGAUUUUCAGUAUGAUCUUUACUAAUCAAGUUAAUCCCACCCCAUCAAAAGGUAUUCCUAGAAGUGUCAGAACCUAGGUAACUGAAUUGAAUGGGAGUUAAUGUUCUUUCCAAAGUUUUCAGGUAUACUUUGUGCAACACCUUCUCAACCAGGAGGCAAGUAACCCCACUUCCACAAUCUUAUUUUUUUUUUAACUGCAUGCCUGCCCUUUAUUUGAGCUGCCUUUUAAUUUAUUGCAUACCCUUUUUAUUAUCUUAUUUUGGUAUUCAAUCUAUACAAUCUUUUUGUAUUUAUUGGGAAAUGAGUAAUAUACAAAAAGGUCGUUUUCAUGAAUUAGUGGCUGAGAGGGAGGGAAUAAUUGUGUAUAUAAAAUUAGGCUUUUUUAAAAAUUAGAUUUGAUUCAGAAUAUCUGAUCUUAGAUUUUUAAAAAAUAGUGGAAGAGCCACAAACAUUGGUGCCCUUUUCAGACUAUUUCUCUACUCAUCAUCCACAGUAGACUUUUUAAACAGAUUUUUUUUUAAGCAUUUCUUUUUUAAAAAAAUUUUUCUCCGUUGCAAAGAAUGUUUCCUAAAUUGUAUGGGAGCAAUAGUAUUUUUGAUGUUUUAAUGACAUCCGUAUACUUGUACUGUAUUUUGUACUACAAGGCAGCUGUUUUCAAUAAUGUCCUGCUGUAUUUACCUAUGUGUUUUGAGUGUUUAUUUCUUUGCUGCGGAGAACAAAUCCCUAAAUAGUUUUAGUAAAGGAGCUGAGAAGCUAGCAUUAUUAGGUUUGCAGAAACUGUUUAAGUUUCAAACUCUGAGGCAGCAAUGAAAAUUAAGGUUGCAGCUCUUAGUUGAUUGCUGUAACUUUUUCAUUUUCAAAACAUGUAUAAAUUCCUGUAGAGACCAACUUGUUUUCCUGCUUCAGUGGUGGUUCUCUUGCUCAGCUGCCGUGAGCCAGUUCAGUUUUGCAAAGGUGCAGUACCUCUCCUUUCUAAGGGGUUGGUUUAUUCUUUUUUCUUUUCUUUUUGUUUGGCUGAAUUGCAGUAACUAGCCUUGCCCUUUCUACUCUGUAGAAAUGACAGGGUCUUCACAAUCCUUCACCAGUGGCUACUAAGCUAUAAUUAGCUGAACAGAAAGAAUGUGGAAGUGGUCUGAGGCAUAUAGAGUAUAUGCCAAGAACACUACCAUAUAUGGCAUCAGCUUUGGUUACCAGAGAAAUUUUCUUAGUCAUUAGACCAUAUAACAGUAGUAUAUCAUAUGUAAAUCUUUAGAUAUCAAUUUGAGAAUCCUCCAAAAUAAGGAGCAAAGAAUGCAUAAGCUAUGUGUUGGAAAAAGUAAUUUAUAUUAAAAUGUUGACCUGCCUAUGUAAGAUUAAGUGGUAAACGUCAUAGUGGUGGGUUUUUAAGUCUUAACCAAUCUCAAAGGUUUGUUUCUCCUGCAGGGGGUGGUUCAUGGCCUCUUCUCACUGCAGGAAGAUUACAGGAGGAUGUGGAUUAAUUGUAGCAUUCACUGAUCCUCAUUCCAGUACUAGGGACAAUAGAAAUCUGCAAAGCAUAGAGACUACACUUUUGGUGUGUGGUUUGUUAAACAAGGUGACAGUAACAGGCUAGCUUUCAGAACUCAUUCAAAAUAUUGCUUAUUAAAGGAAAUGAUCUUUGUUAAUUGCAGUCAGAAAAUGGCAUUGUACAGACUAUGGGAAACCAAUUUUUUUGUUUUGUCUUUCAACCACUAUUAUGAACAGUGAUUUAGGGCUGUUUUUCAGCUUUGGCAAACAUCCCAGCUAAUCACAUGUUCAAAACAGUCAUAUUCCUGAGAAGUAGGGAACUAAAAUUCCUUUUCAGAUAAUUGGUAGAAUGUUUGUUUCUCAAACUACUGCAGUUACAGACAUGAGAAAUCAAACUUUAGGAGCAGAAUCAAAAGAGCAAAAAUCUGUGUCAAGAUACUCCUCUUCCCUUCUGGUUUCUAUUGUCCCUACCUAUCAUAUCAUUCAAGUAGAAUGGCAGUUCUAGUAAACAAAGAAAAUUUUCAGUGCAUAUGCUUGCACAGUACAAAAUGUAAAUCUGUAUGGCACCAAAAAAUCAAAGUGAAAACCAAACCAAAAACCCAGACACCCUAUGUUACUAUGGGAGGCAUGUAGGUGGUGUAAAUGACGGUAGCUGUGAUGCACACAUGGCUACUUGUCAAGUCACUUUCCAUAAUUAUUUACUGCAAAAUGAUUGAGAGGCUUUGGUGCAGGCAGCCUAUUAACCUACUACUUCCUUUGUUACCUCUCAAUCACUUUGCAAUAAAUUGCAGGUCUUUUAAGAGAUUCAAGCUUCAGUUUUAUCAAAAAACAAAACAAUUUUCCUGGCUUAUCUGAAAAUGCAGGGUUGUGGGCAAAAGAGGCUGGUUAUAAUAAUGCCCUCAUAUUGAGUGGUCUGUAAAUGGCUGCACACUUCAGGCACUAUAGUUGCUGAGGAUGCUUUGUUAAAUGUGACCUUGACUGGCUUUACAAGGGGUAGAAUGUGCUCUACACAAGGUAUUAAAAGGUAACUAUUCAUUUGUGUCUACCUGCUCUUGAGGUGGAUGAAAUUAAGAAGCUUGAGUGUGUAAGCCAUGCACAUAGGUAUUCUUCACUGUAAAUUUUGUUUUCAUUUUUAACCCAAUUAUGGUACUUUGUCCAAUGCACAACUGAUCUCUCAGUAGAUAUUCAUUUGAAAAUAGUGUGGCCUUGAUCGGUGAGAAGGGGAAGGAAAGAAGUGACUUUUUGCUUAUGUAAAAUGACUCGUUUGCCGAGAGUCAUUCUGCAGCACUCUUAGUGUCUAAUGCGUUUGUGAUCAGUCUCCUUGUUGAUUGGGGAAAGUUAAUGUUUUCGACCCUGGAGUUAUUAAUUCAAUUGAGUUGUCUUCUGUUUUUAGGAAGUAUCAGAAUUGCUGUGAUAAAUAACAAAGUUGACUGCUUUGAUGUCCAAUCUCAGGUUUUAGAAUAUAUAUAGUGGUGUAAAAUUCCACUGUUAACUCUUAAAACGAUUUUAAUAGUACACCCUAAACAUCACCUGCAUAAGGCCUGUUCAGAGAGCAGAGCCUCCCAUCCUCUUGCUCCUUUUCCACUUUGUACUUCACUUGAGAAAGUGUCGCGUGAUUUUACAUUGUAUAUUUCCAUUUUAACCCUGACAUAUUUCUCAAAGAUAAAGCACUUUUUGAUCAUGAAAUACAUGGAAUCUUUGUGUGAUAUGGAUCAUGGUUUCUCAGGCUCCCCUAGGUAAUUUGCUUAUGAAUAUCAUUCUGUGUUAAGAAGAGUGGAAAUCUUUGCUAAUGUUAGAAAGUUUGUAUUAUUGAUCUAGAAUGCAUUUUGCUAGCUUCCAAUGGAUGGGAGAGUAAAUAAUGCUGCAUUCACAAUAUAAUAAGUUACUUUCCCUUGAGCCUUAAGGUAACUUUUUUUUCUGUCAAUAACAGCACUGAAGUUAUAGUAAAUGAAUGAGAUUACCAGUUUUCAGGGUUGGUUUUAGAGUACUGUAAAUCAAUUAGCU